ACAAGCGCAAACUAAAACCCCCCAUUUGAAAUCUUGAAGAAUUCUCACAUUUUUAUGCUUUUCUGUAAAAUUUACUCUCACAUUUUUCGCAUAUCUGUGUAGCUACAUGAAUCUUCUCAAGAUACGAUCACUCGGAUUGAGGAUUUUCAGCUAUGGCCGGAAUUUGUGCGCGGUGCUUUAAUCGAGGGGUGUCGACAUUUCGUUUCAAGAGGUGCCGUGAUGGUCCUUUCUUCCAUCGCAUUCCCGGGCCUCUUGUGUUGAACCCUUUCAGAAUGGAGAUCGAAAAAUCUAUGGCUUUGCUUCAGAUUCUUCUUCUCCAAAUUCGAGCUCAGUUGAUGGGAAAUGAGGGCUUGACACCAUCUGCGGAUGAGGAAAUCAGGAGAAGCAUUGUUGUCGACAAGCUCAGAGAGAUUGUCAUGGUGUGGGCUAAGAGGGUUGCUUUUCAGCGUCGAUUUCCAAAGAGUUUCAUUAGGGCUGCUUCAGCAACAGUCCUAGUAUAUGGUUCAUAUGGCCUCGGUGUGCACAAUUAUGAGUCUGACAUAGACGCUUUGUGUGUUGGUCCAUGCUUUGCCACUAUGGCAGAGGACUUCUUUAUUGUUCUGAGGAAUAUGCUCGCGAGUAGACCUGAAGUAACAGAGAUCUUAUGUGUCACGGAUGCUAGGGUUCCCCUAAUGCGGCUCAACUUUGACGGGAUCUCAAUUGAUCUUACAUUUGCCAGGCUUAAUAUAAUCACUGUCCCUGAGAAUGUGAAUUUACUCGACCCGUUAUUUUCGUCAAAUGUUGAUGAGAUCAGUUUUAAGAGCUUGUCAGGUGUUUGUGCAAAUAUGCGCAUUCUUCAACUUGUGCCAAACCUUGAGGUAUACCGGUCACUGUUGCGCUGUGUCAAAUUCUGGGCAAAAAGGCGAGGCAUUUAUGGAAAUGUAUUCGGAUAUUUUGGAGGGAUACAUUUGGCUGUUCUUGCAGCAUUUGUUUGCCUAAAGCAACCUACUGCCAAUUUGAAUGAUAUGAUUCGGCAAGAUUUCGACUGGCAGCCUUUAUUCGAGCCUUUUCCUUAUGCGAAGAAGUACAGCCGUUUUCUCAAAAUAUGUCUUUCAUGCUCAGAACAGAGUGAGUUAGGUGGGUGGGAAGGCUGGGUGAAGUCUCGAAUCCAUAUUCUUCUGCUCAAGUUGGAGGAGAUUCAGGGAUUUUGUGAUCCGAAUCCUACAGAAUAUGUCGAUGUUGAUAUUUUGGUGCCGAAUGUGAUUUUCUGCUGGGGACUGUGUCCAGGCAGGAGCAGUUCUAUCAAUAUCGAGUCCAUUAAGAAAGAUUUCACGAGGUAUAUUUACAAUGAGGCAUUUACAGGAAAGAUUGAUUUGAGUGUGGUGAAAGCAAGUGAAUUUCCAAAGAUGAAAGCUGAUGCUGGAAUCUCCAAGAGGCAUAUUCCUGGAUAUUUUGUUGUCGGCCAAUGAGAAUUCGGGUUUUUUCUGAAUUUCUUCUGGAAGAUCUCUCUUUUCUAUACCAUUUUUUUUUUUUUUUCCCCUUUUUGUUGAAAUAUGAAGGAAUCUGUGGAUAAUAUAUGUUCAGCUGUCAGAUGUUUUCUGUAUCAUUUUUUCUUUUGUUGAAAUAUAUGAAGCAGCGUGUAGGUAGGUAGUUCACAAAUAUCAUGGCUUAUAAGAUGGCUAGAUAAGACAAAUGAUC